AAGCUUUCAAAAUCUUUCGUGCGUUCUGGACCCUUUGUGCUUUACGUUCCUUUUGUGCGUGUUGCUAACGACGCCACAAUAACUCUGAUCAACUCCUCCGUCCUCCACAGUGGUUUUAAAAAAACACGAGAAUGGCAAGUCAUCAAACACGUUGCGAACAGAUAAUGAAAGAACAUCAAGUUGUGAUAAGUGUGUUGCAAACUCGUGCAAUGAGAAUAAACGCAGCUCUUACAUUUUGGAAAAGCAAAGAUUUCACGCAGCUUAUCUCGUAUCUUCUACGCACCAAUGAUGACAGUUUGUUUGUUGACAUUCUUCCUUUUUUAACAAAAAGCCUAACAGAAAAUGAAAAGCAAAAACAGCCGGUUACACUUGGUGUUUGUUUGGAACUUCUGCCAAUACUGGAACGACUUUUAACAAAGAAAUAUGAGGAGUAUGUGGUUGUAUCUUUAGAUUUAAUAAGAACCAUGAUGAAAACCUGGUAUCGAGAAUUGUACAAUAUGAAGCAACAUGAAAAUAAUCUACCACUCAAUUCCAGCUUGAGCUUGCCACCAAUUUAUGUUAAGUUGAUGUCAUUAAAUGAGCUUGUAGAAAGACUAUCAAAAAAAUCAGGCACAACCGCAACCAAGGCAAAGGUUGUGCAUGAAAUUCUAAAUCAACUGAUGUGAUAUUAAAGGAUAAAGAUCAAAUGGAUCAUCAUAGCUGCACUGUGCGAAUAAAUACCUGCCAUUAAUAAAAAAUGUUGAAAAUAAAAUAAUAAUUGAUUUA